AAAUUUGUCAACUUUAUCCCGUCUACUGAAAAAAAAACAUUCCACAUGGAUUGAUCGCCUAAUAAACCGACUUACUCAUAUUAAAUCAAUCAUGGAUGAUAGUCGUGAACGUCAACGUCAGCGUAGUGUAAAUCAAGCAUUUGCAACACUUCGACAUAUAUUACCUACACAUCCACCAGAUAAAAAAUUAAGCAAACAUGAAAUUUUACGUUUAAGCAUAAAAUAUAUUCAUAUUUUAGAAACUAUACUUAAAUAUCAAGAAGAAGAAGAAGAAGUAGAGAAGGUGGUGGUUGUUCCAAUGAUUUCCAAUGUUUCGCAUAGUUGCACUACAACAACGCCGUCAUCAUCAUCAGGAUUAUUGGAAUUUAAAUAA